UAUAAGGAGCUUCGCCCGCCCGUAAGCAACCUGCAUGAAACCGUGUAUAUGAUUAAAAAAACGGUCAAGGCGAGUCCCCAAUAUUCCUGUAAACAGGGAAUCCUCCUUAUGACAGGCAUCCAGUACCUCACCCGUGAGAUGGAAAUUUGGAGCGAAUUGGAUCAUCCCCACAUUCUCAAGUUCCUUGGUUUUGCCAUUGAAGGGGUCGGGUGCGAUGUAAAGGGUGUAUUGAUUUCUCCUUGGUGCUCAAAUGGGAGCAUACUUGAGUAUCUACAGAAGAACCCAGACUCAGAAAAGAUUAAUUUGGUGAGCGGUAUCGCAAAAGGACUGGACUAUUUACAUCACCGGAUGCCAGCCAUUAUUCAUGGUGAUCUUAAGCCUGCAAACGUUCUCGUUAGCGAUGACCACAACGCAAUACUAUGCGAUUUUGGCUUAUCUCGCUUCAGCAGUGAACUCUCCACCGGUCAAACGUCCUCAGCCACCAAUUUCACAAUCAGGUUCGCCCCUCUGGAGAUAUUGGAUGAGAAGAGGAAGAGCACUGAAAGCGACGUCUACUCAUUUGCAUGUACAUGUAUUCCGGUGAGUCGGAUACCUUUCUUGCUGAUGUAG